AUGGGGUUGGGAAGCCGUUACUUCGGCCUGCGAGGCACGAAGCUCAAUAUCGCGAUUGGCGUCAUUGCUGGCCUCGAUUUCUUGCUCUUCGGUUAUGACCAAGGUGUCAUGGGCGGGCUUUUGACCCUCCAUUCUUUCGAGAAAGUUUUCCCCGAGAUUGCUAUAAGUAAAGAGGCAAGGAUGGGUCUCACUGAGGCUCAAAUCAACCACCGGUCUACCAUUCAAGGCAUUUCCGUUGCAUCGUACAACCUCGGAUGUUUCGUUGGCGCAAUUGCAUGUAUCUGGAUCGGUGACCGGCUUGGACGACGUAAGACUAUCUGGCUUGGUUCAACUGUCAUGGUUGUCGGUGCUGCUCUUCAAGCAUCCGCCUUCAGUCUUCCGCACUUCAUCGUUGGACGUCUCAUCACCGGCUUUGGCAAUGGCUUGAACACUUCUACCGUACCAACGUGGCAAUCCGAAUGCUCCAAAGCUCACAGACGUGGACAGUUGGUUAUGGUCGAAGGCGCCCUGAUCACUGGAGGUAUCUGCCUCAGUUACUGGCUGGACUUUGGCUUUUCCUUCCUUGAACCCAGCUCCGUCUCAUGGCGAUUCCCCAUUGCCUUCCAGAUCGUCUUUGCCUUGAUCAUCAUGGGCGUUGUUAUGGGCCUUCCUGAGUCUCCCAGAUGGCUCGUAUUAAAGGGCCAUGAAGAUGAAGCAAUGAACGUUUUGGCCGCUCUGAGUGACUUGGACAGGGAAGAUCAGUUUGUCCACUCGGAAUUCUCUGCAAUCAAGGAUACUGUUAUUGAGAUGCAGAAGGGCGGUUUCGCGGAUUUGUUCACCAUGGACAAGGACCGCCACUUGCACCGAGUUGUCCUCGCAUACGUCAACCAAAUGUUCCAGCAGAUUUCGGGUAUCAAUCUUAUCACAUAUUACGCCGCAACUAUUUAUGAAGGAAGCAUCGGCCUUGAUCCCUUCCUCUCGCGAAUUCUUGCUGCUUGUAAUGGUACCGAAUACUUCAUUGCCUCAUGGAUUGCUGUCUUCGUGGUGGAAAAGGUCGGCCGUCGCCCACUCAUGCUUUUCGGUGCAGUUGGAAUGUCGCUUUCCAUGGCUGUGCUUGCCAUAGCUACUAGCUUCGAGGGCCAGGCCAAGGCCGGUAUCGUCGCAGCUGUAUUCCUCUUUGUUUUCAACACCUUCUUUGCCAUCGGUUGGCUUGGUAUGACCUGGUUGUACCCUGCAGAAAUUGUCCCUCUGCGAAUCCGCGCUCCUGCCAACGCGCUUGCCACUUCAGGAAACUGGAUCUUCAAUUUCAUGGUUGUCAUGAUCACUCCUGUUUCUUUCUCCUCCAUCAAAUAUAAGACCUACAUCAUCUUUGCAGUCAUAAACGCCUUCAUCGUCCCCAUCGUCUACUUCUUCUACCCUGAAACCGCCUACCGCUCUCUUGAGGAAAUGGACUCCAUCUUCCGAAAGACCAAGUCUAUCUUCACAGCUGUCAAGGUUGCUCGCGAAACCCCACGACGAUACGGCAAGAACGGCGAAGUUCUCAUCGACUAUAACGAGACCGAAGAACACCAGACUCGCGCUGGCAUCACCCAAGAUGAGAAAACGACUUCAUUCCCUGAAAAGAAGCACGAAAACCCUGACCACGAUGCUGAAACGGGUAACUCGAACAGCCCAAGUUCCCAGAGUGUAGCGUAA